AUGAACAGUUAUUGGCCUCACGAAGCUGUUAUAGAUACAAAGAAGGGUCGUACUAUACGUGCACUGGUAUUUUUCGGUGGGUAUGUUCAAACAGCAUGCUAUCGCCCAAAUAGUUGCAACCUCCCAGUAUGCUCAACAAGCAGCGAUUAUGUCUGUGAAUAUUGUGUCGGAGAAUAUAACAGAGAAAAACCUGGCUACAAUGUUUAUACCGGCCAACCAGAUGAUACGAAAUGUCAAAGGGCCUGCUCGUGGGAGAAAGGUGCAAGGUGCUUUCCAGGCACAUGUGUUGCUAAUAUGACUUUGGAAACAGACUGCCAAUGUGCUCAAGGUUUUGGAGACAAAUUAAAUGACUGUGCAACAGCAACUACGGAAAAGUUACCAACCAUAAAGAAAAUGCAUUAUAAUUUAUCAGGCCAAUCAAUUAAUACACAAUCGAUUAUCCUCGAUAAGACACUGGGAAUAAAAUUAUUUUGGACAAAAAACACUAAUUUGACGAAAGUUUCAUUUCAAGUCUUGGCGUAUUAUAAGGCCGAAAUUGACACGAAAAAUAUGCCAAAUUACAUUACAAGCUAUCAUAUUGGAAUAGAAGAACUUCAGAUUGUGUCAACAUUAACAAGGGGUUCAGAUAGAGCAGUGUGGACACUGGACGCUGGUUGUAAAAACUUUGAUGAAAAUUGUGAGGUUAACUUUAAAGAUCAGGAGAUUAGUGAUAUUAACGAAUGGAAAACCACAUUAGACAAUGGUACAUUCACACACAGAGACAGAAUUUGCUUUGCUGUAUCUGCCAAAAAUGGCGGGAAAGUGAUAUAUGAAAAUAGAAGUUCGUUUAAUGCCCCGUAUCAAGAAGGACAUUAUUCUCUAAACGGAAUAUCGACAUCUGAAAUUCUUGUUCUUGUUUUUGAUGAAGAACUACCAUUUCAUUGCCUUGAAUACAGUAAUAACUGCUCUACGGAUGCACUAAAAGCUGAUGAUUUUGUUACAGAGCAAAAUGUGACAGUUUAUUGGUCAGGAUGGUACGAUACAGAUUCCAAAAUUCACAAAUUCGAAUUUAAUAUCUACUAUCUAGAAUCAACAGAAAACGGUCCUCUUAAGUAUCGACAUAUGCUACCAGCAAAACUCAUUGGCGCUGAUCAGAAUUCGGCUGAAUUGAAAUUGGAAGAACCAGGACCAUAUUCCAUAGAAAUGAUUGUGCAUGACCGUGCAAAUAAUAUCAAAGUUGCAAGAAGAAUUAUCAUGUAUGAUAAUGCAUCAGUUGUUGAACUUGUUGACAAAAAAAGUUGCAGAAUUAUUCAAGUUCCUCAUGAUAACGGGUGGAUUAAUAAAGUCAGCGACCAAAUAGUUGUUGUCUGGACUGGACGAUUCCGUAACUUAAGGCAUUAUAAAAAAGGAUGGCUGAACGAAGUUCAAGAUUCGGAAAACGUCACCAGUGUCCUUGAUGAUUUAAAAGAAAGAUCAAAUAGAACCAUAGACAAAGUACCAAAUCUUUACGGAAUUGUACGAUUUGAAAUUGCAAGCACAAUAGAGUUAUCUGGCACGGUAGACUACAACAUGUUUCAACGUGUUCCUGAGGAAUAUUUUUUAAUGGAGAAAAUGGUUUACAGUGAUAUGCAUUUCGUUGAUGGCAAGAGGGUGACGUACACUAUUCGAGGAGUGGACGUAUUUGGAGAAUUUGCAGAAGAUCAAACUUCAUUCAUGAUAGAUCUUUCUCCGCCUGUUAUAGAAAAUAUGUGGCUACGAAAGGGGAAUAUUGUCAAUAUCAGCAUGCAUAACACGCUUGAUCUGUCUCAGCUUAUGAUUGAAUGGGAAACUCUUGAUCUACAUAGCGGAAUAAGCGAAGUGUCUUGGAAAAUAUUUGAAAAUAUGACAAGUCAUGAUGUCAUUUAUAAGCAAUCGUACGAACAGCCGCACGGUAAAGCAAAGACUUUAAUCGAAUGUAGGCGAAAAUACAGAUUUCAUGCAGGAGGACCUAAUUGUUACUGUACGCCAUAUAACGGAUGUUUUAACAAACAUUUUCAAGUUAUUCCACCAAAACCAAGAUUGCUUAAAGAUGUAGUUUUCAACAAAGUAGUUGGAAAGCAUGACAAAGACUACUUUAUAGAAGUUACUGCCAAGAACAAUGCUGGACUUGUAUCGGUUCUACAAAAAAGGAUUACUAUUGAUAUAUCACCUCCAUCAGAAGGACAUGUGUAUGAUGGCAAACCUGGAGAUCCCGAAAUGGACUUUCAAUCAACUUUACAACUAACCGGACAUUGGAGCGGAUUCUUUGAUGUAGAAAUUAGUAUUUGGUUCUAUACCUAUGGUUUUAGCGAACGCUGCUUGAGAGAAGACGAACUUGACAUACAAGCUCCCGGGAAUUGGAGAGUACAAUGGACAUAUAAUAAUUGGGCGAAGUCGGAAGCACCUGGACAUGGUAAAUAUUAUAUCACAGUGAGCGCAUAUAACUACGCCAUGGGGCAGAGCAGGCCAGUUUGCUCAAAUGGUGUAACCAUUGAUACAACACCUGCAUUGAUAUCAGAAAUCGUAGUCGAAAACGCAGUGAUUGCAAGCCGUCUUUUAAAAGAUAUUGACACAGAAAAGGUGUAUUUUCUGAACAGAAAUAGAGAGCUUAAAGAAGUAAGGGAAUCAAUCGAAGCAUGCAGAAACCUGGCAUUGUCCGUGCCUCACAAGACGAUAGUCCUCAUACCUCACAAAAGGCGCCCUGAUGGAACUAAGGCAAUAUUAACAGUUCACUCGGACUGUAAUAACUUGCAGAAAGCAGGAUCAGAUCUGAUAUCAUAUCUGACUACUGACUCUUCGCUAAAGAUUUCAUGGAAUGUUACAUACGGUGCCGGUGGGGUACACAGUUAUGAAGUUGGAAUUGCGUCUGAAUAUUCGAUACUUCCAGAUGUUAUGGAAUUUACAUCAUCAAACAAUCAGCAGCAAAUUAGUUUGACUGACAGUGCUAUUUUCAACCGGACAUCAUUUUACGUUGUUAUUAAGACUGUUACAAAAACUUCAAUCACUAACAAACAGGUUAUAGGUCCGUUUGUGUAUGAUUCACAAAAGCCAGAAUUUGACGGGAAAUUGAUUUUGACCGUUGAGUACACCAAAAAUGACACAAAUGUAAUUGCACACUGGAACAAAAAUGGAUUUACAAACCAUGGUGAUGUUGACGGACUGUCCUUUGAAGUUGCAAUAGGUAUUAGACAUGCAAAACUUAAACAAAAUAAAAAUACAGAUCAACACAAGCAUAUGAUCAUGUUUUUAUAA